AUGACGAAUCGAAUCCUCACGCUGAUAUUCCUUGGAUUCGGGUGCAGCCUUUUGCAUUUCAGGUUGCUGCUCGAUUUGAAUAAACGAGUGUAUAACCACUCACCAGGCAGUUGUCGGAUCGUGAGAAAUUUGGAAUUCGAUAUUGCUCUUAUAACAUCUGGCUAUGCGAAAAGUCGAGGAGUGAAAGCAGCUGUUGGCGACGUAUUUUUGUAUGACUUCAACGAUAAUACGGGCAGAUAUGAAGCGAAAAGUUUGAAAAUUCAAGGAAUCACUCUCGACAGGCAUACAUUCACACCUUAUGGAAUUAGUUCGUUCGUAAGUAAAGGUCGUAUCAAUGUUUACAUCACCAACAGUCACAAUGGGAACCACACUGUUGAGGUAUUUCAAUUCAACAAAGAACGCCUUAUGCUGAUCCAUCGAAAAACAAUUACAGAUCCUGCUUUCAAUAAUUUGGCUGACAUCGCAGUAGUUGGUGCUGAUCGUUUCUUUGUGACCAACUUCGUGUACACCAGUCGUGAGUGGACGCAACUGAUUGAAUUAGCACUACAGUCAUCGUUUGGAUCUAUUAUUUAUUUUGAUGGCAAAAAGUCGAAUUAUUUGGAAAGAUACUUCCCAAGCCCAAAUGGAAUCGCAUAUGAUCACACAAGAGAAUAUUUAUAUGCUGCUAGUUCUCUCAAUGAGGACAUGUCUGCAAAGCAACAGAUCGACAUUCAGCUCCUUUCAUCACCAAACAAGGUGUACGUUCAACAUGACACUGGUGAUGUCUGGGUCGCACUUCAUCCGGUUCUUUUCAAAGCUUAUGCUCAUAUACAGAAUCCUACAUCGAAUGAAAAUCGAUCUCCUUCACAAGUACUCAGAAUCAGAAUACAGGAUGAUCGCCUCAGUUGGAUAAUUACUGAACCUUAUGCUAACGAUGGUGCAACCAUAUGGGGUUCGUCGAGUGUCGUUUUGCGACAGUCUCAAAUGCUUGUCGGCAGUCUGUUUGGAAGACUCUUACAUUGUGAUCUAGAUACUGUACAGCUCGUUUGA